UCCGUUUUUGUUACUCCCAAGAAAAAGAAAAUUUGAGAUAAGAGUGCUAUACCAGUCACCUAAAUCUGCCAAUUUCAAACCAGAAACAUUCUCUUUUUUGAAAUAUCAAUGGAUUUAGGGAUUUAGGGUUUAAAUCAACUGAACGUAUCUUUUUCUUGUUUUGUGGACGCUAAAAGAUGAGUAUUUUGGCUACUUUUCAGGGGAAUUUUAGCCCAUUUUUGUCAUUAUCACCGAAGUGCAGCUCUUGCUCUAAUUGUCAGCUCCACUCACGGCCAUUUUUAGCUUCUUCGGGUAUUUAUCGUCGGAAGAAAUGGUGUCGCUUAAGGGAUUUCAAGUUGCUGAAUGUCUCAAGAUUUCAGGAAAAAAGAAGGAUUCUUUGUAGAGUUACAGAGACGCAGACCGAACCAGAUAGCGAUAAUGAUAAGGAAAAAGAAGUACAUGAAGGAGGAGAGACACCACCUGCCCCUGAUUUGCUUGAGCAAGUCAAUUCCCAGCCUGAUUCUGAGCCUACAGUCAUAAAUCAAAUAAACAAUAAAGAUGUAGAAAUUAAUGCUGAAGGUGGCACCCAGGAUCUCGACAAUGUAGAAGUUGCUAGUGGGUCUCCACUUCCAGGUGUGAAGCCCCAGCAAUUCGAUGAAUCAAUCAGGAUUCCUAAGAAAACAAUUGAUAUUCUUAAGGAUCAAGUAUUUGGCUUUGAUACUUUUUUUGUAACAAGCCAGGAGCCAUAUGAGGGUGGAGUCUUGUUUAAAGGAAACCUGAGAGGGAAGGCUGCUAAAAGCUAUGAGAAGAUAGCAAACAGGAUGCAGAAUACAUUUGGGGAUGAGUAUAAGCUAUUUCUUCUAGUUAAUCCGGAGGAUGAUAAACCAGUGGCUGUAGUUGUUCCAAGAAAGACUCUGCAGCCUGAAACAACAGCUGUCCCAGAGUGGUUUGCGGCUGGGGCAUUUGGACUUGUUACAGUUUUUACAUUACUUCUCCGAAACGUGCCUGCAUUACAAUCCAACUUACUGUCAACUUUUGACAAUCUAGAGUUGCUAAAGGAUGGCCUGCCUGGAGCCUUUGUGACUGCACUUAUUCUGGGGGUACAUGAAAUUGGCCACAUAUUAGUUGCAAAAAGCAAUAAUGUUAAGCUGGGGGUGCCAUAUUUUGUUCCGAGUUGGCAGAUAGGCUCUUUUGGUGCUAUUACAAGGAUAACAAAUAUUGUGCCUAAACGUGAAGAUCUUCUGAAGGUUGCAGUAGCAGGACCCUUAGCUGGGUUUGCCUUGGGUCUUGUUCUUUUUCUUCUAGGAUUCAUCUUACCACCUAGCGAUGGUAUUGGCCUUAUUGUUGAUGCUUCUGUCUUUCACGAUUCAUUUCUUGCUGGGGGCAUUGCUAAGCUUCUUCUAGGUGAUGCACUGAAGGAAGGCACUCAAAUAUCUGUUAACCCACUUGUAAUAUGGGCAUGGGCUGGACUGCUUAUUAAUGCCAUCAAUAGCAUCCCUGCCGGAGAGCUUGACGGAGGACGCAUUUCUUUUGCCAUAUGGGGAAGAAAGGCAUCAGCUCGCUUCACAUCUUUCUCAAUCAUCUUGCUUGGGCUAUCAUCUCUGUUUGAUGAUGUAGCAUUUUAUUGGGUAGUUUUGAUAUUCUUCUUACAAAGAGGGCCAAUCUCUCCACUCUCUGAGGAGAUCACUGAUCCUGAGGAAAAAUAUGUUGCUCUUGGAGUUAUGGUUUUGCUCUUGGGAUUGCUGGUAUGUUUGCCAUACCCUUUCCCUUUUACAGAUGAGGUAAUUUCUAGUUUCCAGUGAUACAGUCUCCCUAUACACCAUAAAAACAAAAACUUUAGGUCUAUCUGAGUAUGAUAUUUCUUAGGCAAGUCUUGGCCAAUAAAUUAGGUUAAAUGUAAAUGAUAUUGAUGUAGCAUUAAAGAUUUGCAUACAAAUGGCUCGUUACUAUUUUCCUUCCCCUUUUUUAUUUGUUUUUUGAAUUUUAUUAAAGCAAAUAAAUUAUUUUUUCAACU